AUGGCCACAAGCUCGCAAGCUCUUCGUCCCUGUUACAGGGACCUACCUCGCUUCGUCCUGGACCACGGGCUAGAUGAGGACAAACCAGUCCUCAUCGACGCCGCCGCCCCAGAGAGGGCCAUCACCAAGGCACAGGCCAAGGUGAUGGUGGAAAAGACGGCGCAAGGUUUGCAAGCUGUGGGCCUCAAGCGCGGAGACACGGUGUGUGUUGUUCAUCUGAACGACGCUGGUGAGCUCCGCCACCACUUCGAGGUCUCGGAGACCAAGUUUGUCUUUUCCGAUCCCGCCUCCCUCGCUGCGGUCUCCGAGGCCUCUGAAGGUCUCUUCGAUACUGGCAACAUCGUCGUCUGGGGUGACGAAGAGGCCGGUUUGUCGAUCGGUGCCCGGUACUCGCUCGACGGUUUUCUGGCUGGCCUUGCUGGUGCACCGGCCCUCGACCCCGUCACCUUCGACGACGAGACCCGGGCUAGGGACACCGUCGCCGUCCUCAUGUCGACGAGUGGCACCACCGGCCUGCCCAAGAUGGCUGCCCGAUCACACCUGAGUCUUGUCACUGAGAACCUGGCCAUCCAAGACGGCCUUGCGAAGAACUACGAGGUCGCCCGUUUGCUCUUCACCCCGUUCUUUCAUGGCUUUACCGCCCCGUUGGCUCUGGUCGAUGCUCUCGUUCAUGGCCGAACCACCUAUGUCAUGCCUCGGUUCAAUGUCAACAGUUGCCUGGAGUACGUCGAGCGCUACAACAUCACAGAGAUUGCAGCACCCCCUCCUGUUCUUUUGGCUUUCCGUCGGGUACCCGAAGCCGAACGCACGGCGCUUCGCUCAAUUCGUCUCAUCUGGAGUGGUGGUGCUCCCAUGGCGGCCAAGAUGCAAAAUGAAGCUGUAGCCAUGUUCUACAAAUACGCACGCAUCGUUCAAGUCUACGGCAUGACCGAGGCCGGCUGGAUCACGACAUUCAAGUUUCCUGAGAUGGACGAGACCGGAUCNGUUUCGGAUGAAGACGGCACAGACAUCACCGCAACCCAAAAGGAAGGUAUGCUUUUCGUCAAAGGCCCCAUAACCAUGCACUCCUAUCACAACAAUCCCUCCGAAACCUUCAACACCCUCCGCAACACCUGGCUGCGCACAGGCGACGUUGCCUACUUCUCCCGCGACCAUAAACUCUACAUCACCGACCGCCUAAAAGACGUCAUCAAGUAUCGCGGCUGGCAAAUCUCUCCCACGGAAAUAGAAGCAUGUCUACUCACUCACGAGGCUGUCGCCGAUGCCGGAGUAUUUGGAUUCUACAGCUCAGACGUUGAUCAAGAAACUCCCGUCGCGCAUGUGGUGCUCAAAGCUGGUGUGCCGCUGUAUCACGAGCAAUUCGGCAUCAUGACCGAAUUGACAGAGCACUGCAAGGACAAGCUCGCAAAGUACAAGACAGUGGCGCUGAAUAUACGCUUCAAGGCAAGUAUCCCCAAGAACCCUGCUGGCAAGAUCUUGAGAAAUAGGAUGCAGCUUGAGGAGCUGAAUUGGAGAGAUGUCAUGGAGUGGAUGCUCAAGUGCAGGGAUUGGAAUGCAGGCCCGCCUGAGGAAGAACAGAUCAUCUGGGAAGCAGACAAGGACGGUGUGUGGCAAGAUGAGGAUGUUGACCAAGGUUCAUACGUCAACGAAGAGACCGAGAACGACAGGGCUGAGAAUGAGAUUCUUGCAAGAAGGCUCGACAUACUGGGUCUUUGA